AUGCAGCUCGAUGGUUUGCCCGAAAAGGUACAUCGCGGCGUUUUGGGCGACAACAGCGCUGCCUGGGGUGUCGACGGGCCCCCGGGGGCGACGGGGGUGCUCUCGCGGGGGGUCCCCCCAGUCAAGGGGGUCUGGGGCGCAGUCCCAGUUGAAGCCUAA